AUGAGCGCCCAAAUCCACACCCAGGGUACAAACGGCGAGCCACGCGCCAAACGUACCCACGCGCGGCGUUCUUGCGAGCUCUGCAAGAUUCGGAAAACGCGAUGCGAGCUGCCGGACAUCGACAUUCCUUCCUCCUCUGAGCCUCUAGGGGAGGACAAGGCAUGUCAUCGAUGCCGCGUCCUCGCGCUCCCUUGCGUCGUCGAUGAUGCCGGUCGAAAACCUGCCAAAAAGCGUGCUAGGGCGGAUACGGAUGUCGAGAGGGACCCCAAUGAUCCUUUCGCGGCUCUACGUGCCUCCCAGGCAUCCGGGAGCCGGGCGAAGGGCAAAGGUAAAGGCAAGGCGGCAGCGGGGAAAGACAACGGGGAGGGUAUCGACCACUCGCUGGAGGUCAUGCAGACAAUCCAUCCAGAGUUGGAGUACAAGUACGGUGAUGGCGAACCGGCGCUGUACUCGUCGGACCCCUUCCUUCGCUCCUCUCCGCUCUCCGCGACGUUCGCCAAUAUACCAGCGGCGGCGAGCGACAUUACACUCCGCAGUCGCCCGCUCGAGCUCGCGUGCGCCAUGAUACGGACGGCGUACUCCAAGAUGAUGGUCAAGGAUGGGCGGUUGGCGAUGACGCUGGAAAAGAUUGAUUGGCUCAAGCUGGUGGAUAGCUCUAUGCUGGAUAGGUUGGAGCAUGGUUUCUCCCGACUACGAACCUUCCACGCCUACCUCGAAUCCUUUCAAACCAUCUGGGAUAGAUGCACCGCCUCCCCAUUAUGCGAAGAUCAACUCCUCCUCUGUAUGAUCAUCUACCUCAGUUCCCUACCCCUCGCCCCGGAACUCCCAGUCACCAAGCUCCGCGCCUACCUGCGACCCCGCAUCACCUGCUUCCGGGAUCGCGUCCUCCUUCACACUCCCAUCAGCUUCACCACCCUCCAGGCGCUCGAGCUCGUCAGCGUGCAUGCCCCUCUCGGUGUCGUCCCUCUCCAACUCACCGAUCCUCGCAUCGUCACGGUCGCGCGCGGACAAAUAGCUGCUCUCCGCUUCAUCUCGUCCCAAGUCAAGUUCGCCACCUUCUUCCAGGCGAUUGCGGAAAGAGAGGGUGAUAAUCUCUGGAAUCAGCCCGACUGCCUCCUCUACUUUUACACUACCGCCCUCGAUGCGGGUAUGGCGCUCGAGGACGAGGCCCCGCAUGCGCCAGCAGCGCUGGCGGAGGUACGGGAACUGGCGGCGCAGUACCUGGGAGAGUCUCGCGAGUACCUUUGGCGGAAUGGACAGGAGAGUAUUGGCGCGGCGGGCCUGGUUGGGCGGUUGGGCGUGUUCGAUCGGCUGUGUAGGCUGGGGGAGGUGAUUGAUAGCCUGGACAGGCUGAGGAAGACCAUCGACACUGCGGCGAUGGACGGGGAAUUCAACGCUGUCGAUGCAAUCUCGGACGAGUUUACUCUCUUUGCGCAAAAGAUGGACAAGUGUGAUCAGCGACACGAAGCCAUUCUAGCGAUCAUUACGCCCUUCUCUGGCAACCUGGAACGCGGCUACGUGAUCCACCGGUCUAUGCGUCGCCGGUUCGAGCACAUCAAGGUCCUCUCCCACGGGAUGCUAUGCCUCAUCGCGACCUCGUACGUUCCCGGCAGCCGUCUCGCCCUCCCCUCCGUCCCCUCGGAUAUCCCUCCCCUCCAGCGUGCGAGCUACGCCAUGGCUCGCGCCGUUGUCCCCGUCGACAUUAUGCCACUCCUCCAAAACAACUCGCUCGCAACGAUGGUGAUCUGGCAAUACGGUACGCACCGGGGCGAGAUCAGCCAACAGGUCAUUGCGACCCUCGGCGACCUCCAAUCGCACGCGGGUACCGAGGCGGUGGAGCUACUCCCUAUCCACGAGUGUAUCGCGUACGCCCUCGACUCGUCCAAGAUCCUCAUGGAGAUUUGGGCGGGCUCGCACGCCAUGCACAAGAAAUCUGGAAAUCUGCCAGACAGCCUUCUUUCGCCGGCAUGGAUUCACACCCUCAAACGCGCCGGGCGGACCCUCCGGCUCUUCGGGUUUCUGUCGCCGCCAGAGGCGAUGGGUGCGCUGGAGCGCGGGCCGGGUCAGGGAGAGACGAUCGCCAAUGCGUGUAGUAAUAUCCUGGGGUCGAUGGUCCGGCUUACGGAG